UGAACUAUUCAGACAGUGUCAAGGUAGACAACGUUACUACUCUCUAAAUUUUGACUGCAGCAGACUUCUGGGUGGCUACUUAGAUACUCCCUUUUGUGGGCUGGCUACAGGGUGCUGGUUCUUUAUGAUAUAAGAGAUCUCUCAGAAGGAUUCAUCACUGAAUAAAAUGUCAACGUUCAGCACUCAAAAAUCAUCUAAUCAAACCGAUAUCAGAAAUCCUUCUGUUGCAGUUAAAAGUAGACAACAGGUUAUUCAAGAUAACAACAAGCGAAGGACUUUGUUGCAAGAUAACAGCUGGAUAAAGAAGAGAUUUGAGGAGGAAAACACCGAUGAAAAUUAUGGGAGGGCUGUCCUAAACCAAUACAAAUCCCAAGACGGCUUACACAGGAAUGUGAAUGAAAAAGAAGAUCAGAAAGUUUACCUUGGCCGAUACAGAUCUGAUACUUCUUUAGACAAAAUUUCAGAUAGAAGUGAUGUUGAGAAAGCAAAUAAAUCCCCAGUCUUGGAUAAGAAGCCAACUAAUAGGCAGUCCUGGGCUCCUACCACAUCAGUCACUACCACUGAUACCACUAGUACCUCUCCUGUGAAGAAAAAAAGGCAAUCUUGGAUGCCACCCCCUGUCUCAGGUUAUAAGGUAUCUACAGACUCUGUGGAAACUAAAAGGCAGGAUCAGACCCUACCAAAUACGGCUACCACAAGAACUACUGAUACUAAACGGACUAUCAGUUCAUCAGAACAAAUUACAUCUCAAAGGUCAACAACUUCUGUGGAAGAGCAAACUACUACAAGAACAGAGUCUGUUACAAAGGUGUUGAAGUGGCCAUGGACAGUUGAUCAAUACUCAGGAAGGGAGGUAUCUCCAGUAUCUCCAGCUGAUACUGAAAGAAGAAGCACAACUGAGAGAACUACAAGAGGAAAAGACCUUGAUGAUCUCAAUGCAGUAAACAGUGCUGCACAGAAAGAUAAGAGAGGUCAAGACCUUGUUGAUGUCAUUGAAGUAAAGAAAUCUGUGGACCAAAAUAAAAAAGGGACAACUGAGCAAGUCUCUGUUUUUGCUAUGGUUCCAACUAACCAAUCUGGCACCAACUACCUUGAUGACACAAAAAAAGGAUCCAGCUGUAAUACUUCAACUACUUAUUCAAGUCCAAAGAACACAGUUGUGUACACAAGGACAUAUGAGAAGAAUAGCAAAUCCACAAAUGAUGCACAGGAAGAAAAUGUCACAGGAAAGUCUAUCAAAACUGUUUACUCCACAUCUGAUCGGACUAUAAUUGAAAAAGAUAUGUGUACAUACUGUCGGAAGCCCCUGGGCAUAGGUGCCAAAAUGAUCUUGGAUGCCUUGCAGAUUUGCUGCCACUCAACUUGUUUCAAGUGUGAAGUGUGUAAAAGACCUCUGGAAGAUCUGAAAGCAGGAGACAGCAUAUGGAUUUACAGAAAAGCUGUGCAUUGUGUACCUUGCUAUGCUAAAGCUAAAGAAAAAUGGAUAUAUUAAUUUCGACAUACAGAAAUCACAAAAAAGAAGAGUCAUUAGUAUUUUAAGUGCAUUUCUUAUUACUUAAAAGAAGUACAUGUAUGUUUAAUUUUUAUUGUUAGGAUUGAAAUAUUCUAAAAUAAGUAAUAUCCUACUAAAUUGUCAUUACAGAGACAUAUUCCAUGAGAAUUAAGAUGACUUUACAUGCACAUUCUAGAAAGCAAGCCAAUGUAUUCUUGAUUCUGUCCAUCAUGAGUAAAAUAGCUCUUUCUCCAUGUGAUUUAGCUGCUUAUAUAAUUUAAAUGCCUUUUACAGGUGGAUAUAAAUCUACUCAUAAGUUUUGAAGGACCUGUUUUCUGCAUGUUGAAAAUAUGCAUUCUAAAAUACAAAGAGCAGUUUUUUGAUUACACUUCGCUCUUAAAUCUUGUAACUUUGGUAUGGCGUUUUUGUAAAAACCUAGAGUGUUAUAGUUGUCCAGUACAAUCAUAAAAUAUAUACUAUGCAUGACAUAAGAACAUUCUGUUUAGUCUUUCUUACUUCAGUAAGCUGGUUGUCUAAACACCUUGAGACUGCCAGAUAUAAACAGUAUAAAAAGCAUUUUUGUUAGCGUAUAAAUAGAUUAAAAUAAAGAAAUAAAACAGUU